AUGCAUAGAGCUGCAUUCAGACCUGCCGCAUUGCGUGGCGUUGUAAACUUCGCAAAGAUGUCACGCCCAGCUUUGGCCCGCACUUACGCAACAGCCAAGCCAGCUGCAUCUGAAGUUUCAAACAUCCUUGAGCAACGUAUCUCUGGUGUUGGCGCUACUGGUGAUGUCCAAGAGACUGGCCGUGUUUUGAGCAUCGGUGAUGGUAUCGCCCGUGUUUACGGUCUCCGUAACAUCCAAGCCGAAGAGAUGGUUGAAUUCGCUUCCGGUGUCCGCGGUAUGGCCCUUAACUUGGAAGCUGACAACGUUGGUGUUUCCGUCUUCGGUUCUGACCGUGGUAUCCGUGAAGGUGACACAGUUAAGCGUACUGGUCAAAUUGUCGAUGUUCCUGUUGGUCCAGCCAUGCUUGGUCGUGUCAUUGACGCCCUUGGUAACCCAAUCGAUGGUAAAGGCCCAAUCGAAACUACCGAACGUCGUAAGGCUUCCGUUAAGGCUCCAGGUAUCCUUCCACGUACCUCUGUCUCUGAGCCAAUGCAAACUGGUAUGAAGCCUGUCGAUGCCAUGGUUCCAAUCGGUCGUGGUCAACGUGAGCUUAUCAUUGGUGACCGUCAAACCGGUAAGACCGCCGUCGCUCUCGACACCAUCCUCAACCAAAAGCGUUGGAACAGCUCCGGUGAGGAGAAGAAGAAGCUUUACUGUGUUUACGUUGCUGUCGGUCAAAAGCGUUCAACCGUCGCUCAACUCGUUCAAACCCUUGAAGAGAAUGACGCUAUGAAGUACUCCGUUGUCGUCGCUGCUACUGCCUCCGAGGCCGCUCCUCUUCAAUACUUGGCACCUUUCACCGGUGCAGCUGUCGGUGAAUGGUUCCGUGACAACGGUCGCCACUCCCUUGUCGUCUUUGACGAUCUUUCCAAGCAAGCUGUUGCAUACCGUCAAAUGUCUCUCUUGCUCCGUCGUCCACCAGGUCGUGAAGCUUACCCAGGUGAUGUUUUCUACCUUCACUCACGUCUUUUGGAACGUUCAGCAAAGAUGUCUGACGCUCACGGUGGUGGUUCUAUGACCGCUCUCCCAAUUAUUGAAACUCAAGGUGGUGAUGUUUCAGCUUACAUUCCAACUAACGUCAUUUCUAUCACUGACGGUCAAAUCUUCUUGGAAGCUGAACUCUUCUUCAAGGGUAUCCGUCCAGCCAUUAACGUUGGUCUUUCAGUUUCUCGUGUCGGAUCAGCAGCUCAAACCAAGUUGAUGAAAUCCGUCGCAGGUUCCCUUAAGCUUUACCUCGCUCAAUACCGUGAAGUUGCUGCAUUCGCUCAAUUCGGUUCCGAUUUGGAUGCCUCAACCAAGUUCUUGUUGAACAGAGGUCAACGUUUGACUGAAUUGUUGAAGCAACCACAAUUCACUCCAAUGGCUGUUGAAGUUCAAAUUCCAUUGAUCUACGCUGGUAUCAACGGUUUAUUGGACAAGGUUCCAGUUGAGAAGAUUGUUGCUUGGGAGAAGACUGCAACUGAAUCUAUCAAGGCUGACUCUGAAUUAAUGAAGCUCCUCGGCACUGGUCAACCAUCCGAUGAAGUUAAGAAGGCAAUUGAGAAGAAGAUUAGUGAAACUGUAGACUCUUUCUUAUCAGCUUAA